UUCACAACCGGGGUGGUUUGUCUUUGCAGAAUAUCCGUGCAUUUGCAAGGUUGUCGCAAUUAAAACCUUUUUAUCAGGUUAUUUUUAAAUGCCAUAUUAAUCGAAUAUUAAUGAAUAUUUAAUAUUUAUCGUAUUUAUGGCUGUCGUCGGCACAAAGACAUAGAAAAGAGAGAAAAUGAAAAGAUUACAGUCAGUGUAUACAUUUUCAACAGUCAAUACUUUAAACAUGUUCACACUUUGAUUAGCUUGAAACAACAACACCUCUCAUAGACGUUGUAAUGGCACAUAAAUACAGAUCGGUUUUUCUCAGAUCAGUUCAGCAUGUGUUCAGGAGUUCACACAGAGAAGUGUGUGUGUAUAACAGAAGAUUAUUGUCCGCAAACAACAACCACGUCUGCUUCAUAAAACCAAAUCAAACUCCAAGAUCAUUAGCAUGUGCUUAUACCUUCAAUAGAAACAGCUCUAGUCACACUUCAGGCCAAAGCAGUUUUUCUUUGAGAAGCCACACAUGUGGAGAACUGUGUUCCAGUCAUGUAGAUAAAGAAGUUACUCUAUGUGGCUGGAUACAGUAUUUGAGACAGGAUCUUUUUGUGAUCUUGAGAGACUUCAGUGGAUUGGUGCAAAUUCUUAUCCCACAGGAUGAGUCUGAGUUGAAGAAUGCUUUUCUUGGCCUCACAGUGGAGUCGGUCAUUAUGGUGAAGGGAAAGGUUCGGCGUAGACCAGAGGGACAGGAAAAUAAGAAAAUGUUCACAGGAGAAAUUGAAGUCUGUGCUGAAAGUAUGGAAGUGUUGAAUACCUGCCGAAAACUGCCUUUUGAAAUAAAAGACUUUGUCAAGAAAUCAGAAGCCCUCCGGAUGCAGUACCGCUAUCUUGAUCUUCGGUCAUCCAUGAUGCAGUACAAUUUAAGACUACGGUCACAAAUGAUGAUGAAAAUGAGGGAUUACCUUUGCAAUUUGCACGGAUUUGUGGAUGUGGAAACACCAACUUUGUUUAAAAGAACACCCGGGGGUGCCAAAGAGUUUGUGGUGCCAUCUGGAGACCCUGGAAAGUUCUACUCUCUUCCACAGAGCCCGCAGCAAUUCAAACAGCUCCUCAUGGUGGCAGGCAUAGACCGGUACUUUCAGCUCGCUCGCUGUUACAGAGACGAAGGCUCCAAACCCGACAGACAGCCUGAAUUCACACAGGUGGAUAUUGAGAUGUCCUUUGUAGACCAAGCUGGUAUCAUAAGUUUGAUCGAAGGCUUGCUUCAGUACUCCUGGCCAGAAGACAAAGGGAAGAUCAACGUUCCCUUUCCCUCCAUGACUUAUGAGGAGGCUAUGCGAGACUUCGGGGUGGACAAACCGGAUACAAGAUUUGGAAUGAAGCUCGUGGAUGUCACAGCGGCUUUCCAAGGCACACGGAUCGAAUUCAUCAAGGAUGCGCUACUUAAACCCGCAGGCUGCGUUCAGGCCAUCUGUGUCCCGGAGGGAACGAAACACCUGAGGGCCAAAGACUUAGAGUUCCUGAAACAAGCAGUCAUGACACAGUAUGGUCAGGAGGUGAGCGUGGCUUUGGUGAGGGCAGAUGGUUCAAUGAAAUCCCCUCUCAGCCGACUGCUCUCGGAUUCGGCCAGACAACAGCUGCUCCAGAUGGCACGGGCCAAUGCUGGAGACUUGAUCUUCAUCACAGCCGGACCCCGGGAGAACACGUGCCCUCUCCUUGGGAAACUGAGACUUCAGUGUGCAGACCUGCUUGAGAGCUAUGGCGUGCCUGUCCGUGACCCCACCGUCUUUCACUUCCUGUGGGUGGUGGACUUUCCCCUUUUCAUACCCAAAGAGGAUAACCCAGAGAUGCUGGAGUCUGCCCAUCAUCCCUUCACCGCCCCAGUACCCGAUGAUUCCCAUCUGCUGUACACCAAUCCCCAUAAGGUGCGAGGCCAGCAUUAUGAUUUGGUUCUGAAUGGCUGUGAGAUCGGUGGAGGCUCCAUUCGCAUCCACAAUGCCCCUCAGCAGCUGUACGUCCUGGAGUCGAUCCUCAAGGAAGACCCUUCCCUUUUGGCCCAUCUGUUGGAGGCUCUGGAGUCCGGGGCUCCUCCGCACGGCGGUAUCGCGUUAGGGCUGGAUCGACUGAUCUCCAUCAUUGUAGGAGCUCCCAGUAUAAGGGACGUCAUUGCUUUUCCAAAAUCGUUCAGAGGCCACGACCUCAUGAGUCACGCUCCAGACUUUGUCUCCGAAGAUGACUUAAAGCCCUACCAUAUAUCAGUGAUCUGGCCCAACGUGGAUACAAAGGGUCAGCAGGAUAAUUCAGCUUAAGCACUUAAACUGUAUAUAUGAGGAUGUUUGCGAUUUCCGUGAGGACUAUGUGCUUGCUGUUUAUGUGGGCUUUUUCAUUAGUGCAGACAAAUCAAAAGUCAACAGAUCGAUCAUAGGUCCUCAUCAA